AUGGAGGUAGUCAUACCUCCCAGAGACCAUGGCCCGUCCACUUACAGGUAUACGUGGGACGAGAAUGGAGAGGUGAUGCAGGUUACGAGGGUCGCGGGCCAGCAGCAGCAACAGCUUCAACAGCCGCCCAUGUCCGAACAGUUCAGGGUAGGCAGGCAGACGGUGCAAUGGCCCUUUGAAAGCAUGGCGACCGAGACCGAUGUCUCGAGCACCGUCGUGUCGCACUUCGCCCGAAGGGCCACCUGGGAGCCGCGGCCCCUCCUGAGCAGGGGCUCUGACUCGUCCACCAUCGCCAAGGAUCUGGUCCCGGACUACGUCAUCAACUAUCUCCGCGGGGAGACCCCGGAGACAUUGGCGAAGCGGAGACAGAACGGGGGGCGGCAGGGCCAGCGAGGCGUCGACCUCGCCCACCCGCAUGGACUGCGGCGGUCCCGGGCGGCAGAGUUUGAGAGCUUCUACGACGACACUUCUAGUCGGUCUGGGUUCUCGAGAGCGGGUUCUAUAGGAGACGAGGAGCAACAUAUUCUGCCGGGAUUCCGAAAUCCGAACGGCGGAUGGAAGAUGCUGUUGAUAGGGUGGCGCGCCGGGGUCACACUGAACGUCCUCAUGUCGUUUCUCAUAUUGGUUGCUGGAUUCGUGUGCUUGAUCCUGGCCAUCUCGAAGGCCUCCAUCUCCGCCGGCGAGUCAGUCCUCUACACGGGAUCCUGCGCCACCGCAUCCCACAUCAACUGGGGACUGCAUGCGGCUAUCAGUGUGUUUGUCGUGGCCCUGGUUGCCGGCGGCAACUACGUUUUCCAGGUGCUGAGCAGCCCAACACGGGGCGAGGUGGACAGGGCCCACGAGAAGAGGAAAUGGUUGGAUAUUGGGAUUCCUUCCGUGAGGAAUUUCGCCCACAUCGCAAGUAGCCGGGUGUUUCUAGCCGUCACGAUCCUCCUGGCGGCGGUGAUUACCCAAGUAAUAUAUAAUGCCGUAAUCUUCACAUCCCAGACAGUGGUCAACUACAACUUGGUCUUUGUUACGCGGCCCUUCUUGAGCGGCGCCCCCUUCAGCAACGCAACCGCGAACAAUAAGGGGGGCUUGAGCCGACUCGACAUCCUCUCUCUGCAAGAUCUUGCAAGGCGGGAUGCGCUGGUCAACCUGACGAGUGCCGACUGCCUCGGUCGGCUCAGCAGUGUUUUUGAAUCAGAGUACAAAUCAGUGUUGCUGGUUACAGACAUCGACUCUCCAGCCGGCAGCGCCCUCAUCCAGACGGCGCGAGCAAGCUCCUCUCUCCCCCGGUCCGGCACAAUCAGGGGUAGCCUCCCAGACGCGGCACUGGACGAGAGAGCAGUCCAGUUCUGCCUCGCCCAGCGAGCCGAUGCGCAGACCUGCGGCGUCAGCAUGAACGGCUCGCUCCUGGGCAUCGUCUCCCUGCUCAACCUGGUCAGCGUCAUUUCCGUCGCCAUCGUCCUCUUCAAGCCCUCCUUCGAUCCGCUCGUGUCGUUGGGCGACGCAGUGGCGUCAUUCCUCCAGCGCCCAGACCCGACGACGAGGGGAUCCUGCCUCAUGACCAAGGCAGAUGUCUGGCAAGGCAGGUGGGGGUUCCACGAGCCCAAGUACUGGAUCCCCCGCGACCUCUUCUGGCUCCGCGUCCCGUCCUUCCCGCGCUGGUGCCUACCCAUCUUCUUCUGGACCGCGCUCACGGCUCUCGCGGCCCUGGCCUUCGCCUUCGCCGUCAGCGCCGACCCCACGGGCCCGCUCUCCGGGUACGGCUCGGCGUCCGCCCGCGCCGUGUACCUCCUCCCGCCCUCCACGCCCGCCUCCGCCGCCGCCCUCGUCGCCAGCCUCCCGCAGCUCCUCCUCGGGGCCCUCUACCUCGCCACCAACAGCGUGCUGAGCACAUAUUACCUCUCCCACGAGUCCUCGCUCUUCGCCCUGGGCGAGCCCCGACCCCUGCGCGUCUCCUCCCGCCCCGAGGGCCACCAGACCACGUCCCUCUACCUCACCCUCCCGCGGCCCUGGUCCUGGUACCUCUCCAUCCUCUUCGCAGCAAUGGCCUUCGUCCUCAGCCAAAGCGUCUUCGUCGUCGCCAUCCGCCUAGUCGACCCCCCCUCCUCCUCCUCCUCCUCCUCCUCCUCUUCCCCUUCAACCACCCCUCCACCCGCGCUAGUCGGCCUAGGCCUAAGCACCGCCGCCCUCCUCACCCUCCUGACCCUUCUCCUCCUCCUCGCGACCUCAACCCUCGUCCCGGGCCUCCGCCGCUGCCCCGCCUCCCCGCGAAACCUGACCCCCUCGGAAUUCGACCCCACCGACCCCGACCCCGCCGCGGCCCCCGUCGGCAACCCGCUCGCCCUUCCCGGGGGCGCCUGCAGCGCCGUCAUCGCCGCCCGCUGCCACCCCGUCCCCGGGGAGCCGGCCCCCUGGCGGGCGAGGCUGGUCUGGGGCGUCGUGCGGCGCGGGGCCGGCGGCGCGGACAUGGGCCGGUGCGCUUAUACGGGGAGGGCGGCUGCGCCGUUGGAUGUGGGGGCGAGUUAUGCGUAG